CCUUCUCAGCAUGAACCGCCAAUUCACCUACAAGUCGGGAGCUGCUACCAAAGGGGGUUUCAGUGGCUGCUCAGCAGUGCUCUCAGGGGGCAGCUCAUCCUCCUACCGGGCGGGGGGCAAAGGAUUCAGCGGGGGUUUUGGAAGCCGGAGCCUCUACAGCCUGGGGGGAACCCGGAGCAUCUCCCUUAACAUGGCCAGUGGCAGCGGGCGGGCAGGAGGUUAUGGUUUUGGUCGAGGCCGGGCCAGUGGCUUUGCUGGCAGCAUGUUUGGCAGUGUGGCCCUGGGGCCCGUGUGUCCGUCUGUAUGCCCUCCAGGGGGCAUCCACCAGGUCACCAUCAACAAGAACCUCCUGGCCCCCCUCAACGUGGAGCUGGACCCGGAGAUCCAGAAAGUGCGCACCCAGGAGCGGGAGCAGAUCAAGGCCCUGAACAAUAAAUUUGCCUCCUUCAUCGACAAGGUGCGGUUCCUGGAGCAGCAGAACCAGGUGCUGGAGACCAAGUGGGAGCUGCUGCAGCAGCUGGACCUGAACAACUGCAAGAACAACCUGGAGCCCAUCCUCGAGGGCUACAUCAGCAACCUGCGGAAGCAGCUGGAGACGCUGUCCGGGGACAGGGUGCGGCUGGACUCCGAGCUGAGGAGCAUGCGGGACGUGGUGGAGGACUACAAGAGGAGGUACGAGGAGGAAAUUAAUAAGCGCACAACUGCCGAGAAUGAAUUUGUGGUGCUCAAGAAGGAUGUGGAUGCAGCUUACAUGAGCAAGGUGGAACUGCAGGCCAAGGUGGAUGCUCUGGAUGGAGAAAUCAAGUUCUUCAAAUGCCUGUAUGAAGGGGAGAUUGCUCAGAUACAGUCCCACAUCAGCGACACAUCUGUCAUCCUGUCCAUGGACAAUAACCGGAACCUAGACCUGGACAGCAUCAUUGCUGAGGUCCGUGCUCAGUAUGAGGAGAUUGCCCUGAAGAGCAAGGCUGAGGCCGAGGCACUGUACCAGACCAAGUUCCAGGAGCUCCAGCUAGUGGCUGGCCGGCAUGGGGAUGACCUCAAACACACCAAGAACGAGAUCUCUGAACUGACUCGACUUAUCCAAAGACUGCGCUCGGAGAUUGAGAGUGUGAAGAAGCAGUGUGCCAACCUGGAGACGGCCAUCGCCGAUGCUGAGCAGCGGGGCGACUGCGCUCUGAAGGACGCCCGGGCCAAACUGGAUGAGCUGGAGGCCGCCCUGCACCAGGCCAAGGAGGAGCUGGCCCGGAUGCUGCGCGAGUACCAGGAGCUCCUGAGCACGAAGCUGGCCCUGGACGUGGAGAUCGCCACCUACCGCAAGCUGCUGGAGGGGGAGGAGUGCAGGAUGUCUGGAGAAUACACCAACUCUGUGAGCAUCUCGGUCAUCAGCAGCACCACGGCGGGGACCACAGGUGCUGGGGCCGGCUUUGGUUUCAGCAGCACUGGAAGCUAUGGUUACCGGCCCAGCUCUGUCUCGGGGGGCUAUGGCAUGCUGUCAGGGGGCUGUGUCACUGGCAAUGGGAACUGCAGCCCUCGCGGGGAGGCCAAAACCAGGCUGGGGAGUGUAAGCGAGUUCAAGGAGCCCCAGGGGAAGACUUCCGCUCUGAGCUCCCCUGUCAAGAAGACCACAAGAUAAAGCAAAAGUCCAUUUUCCAGCUGUCCACCUCACCCUGUUUUUCCUCUGGACUCCCUUCUCCAGGAAACUACUGUCUCACCUUUCUCCUGGUCUCCUUCUUGCUUUCCUUUGCCACUGACAUUUCCUCUCCUCUACAUCCUACAUUAGUCUUUCUCAAUCUAGAAUCAGGAUUCUAUCCCAUCUUUCUGCUUCCAUACUGAGAGACCCCCUAACUCAGACCCCCUUUCUGAAGCAUUGCCAACAAUGACGGCUCAGACCUUGUUCUGGCCUGCACGCCUCCCCUGGAGGAAGGUUUCUCCUCAGUCGUAACCCCCUCUAUGCCCUGGCUUUGGUUGUUUGGCUACAAGCUCCAUGGGGUCAUGAGAGUAUAGGUCCACUGACAGAUCCACAGGGACUGUCUCCUGUUACAGCAACACUGGCUCAGGUGAAAGACCAGGUUAUAGCUUAUAUCUUGUGUGGCCCCUUCAGGUAUGGAGAGCUGGGA